AAUGGAUCACAUCACCAUUCUCUGCCCGGCGUCGCGGUCUCUAGGGUUUAUCCUUUGGGUGGUCUUCGAGUCGCUUCUGUUGGAAGCUCGCGGAAGGAAUCUUAGAUCUUUGGUUCUUCAGGUUUUAGGAGUUCUUGUCCAUCUAUGGCUUCUUUACACUUUUCUGGACUGUCGAUCGCCUCUACUGCUGCGGCGCCUAUGCUUUCCAUCAGUGGGCUUCGACUUGCUCCAGCGACGUUCAGUCGUCCUUUUCCAGUUGGAUCCCUUAACAGAAGGGGCUCUGGCGGUUUUGUUGUGAAAGCUGCGACGAUUAUUGCUCCAAAGUACACUUCUGUCAAACCUCUGGGUGAUAGAGUGCUAAUUAAGAUCAAGACUUCUGAGGAGGUGACUGCUGGCGGCAUAUUACUACCCUCAACAGCUCAAUCAAAACCUCAGUCCGGCGAAGUGGUUGCCGUCGGAGAAGGAAGGACUGUAGGCAACAACAAGUUAGCAGUUGUUAUUCAGCCUGGAUCACAAGUUAUAUACUCGAAGUACGCAGGCACAGAACUGGAACUGAAUGGAGCCAGUCACAUUAUCCUGAAGGAGGAUGACAUUGUUGGCAUUCUGGAAGCUGAGGAUGUCAAGGAUUUAAAGCCUCUCAAUGACAGGAUUCUAAUCAAGGUUGCGGAAGCUGAGGAGAAGACUGCCGGCGGUCUGCUCUUGACAGAGGCAAGCAAAGAGAAGCCUUCCAUUGGAACGGUUGUUGCAGUGGGUUCAGGUGCCCUCGACGAGGAAGGGAACCGGAAGCCAUUGACGGUGGAGAGCGGGAGCACGGUGCUGUACUCCAAGUACGCCGGUAACGAGUUCAAGGGCGCUGAUGGCUCCGGCUACGUUGUUCUCAAAGCGUCCGACGUCUUGGCGAUCCUCUCCUGAAUCGUUGCGAUUGCAUCUGGACAAAAUGCUUCAAGAAUUUUGUAAUGACAAUAAUUCUUACCGAAAUUCGCUUUGGAUGCUCUUGUUCUUAUGUAGCUGGGAAAAUCAGAGAAAGUGAUAAUGUGCGACUAUCUUUAUUAAUUCUUCUUUCGAUACAAUGAAAAAAAAAGGAUCGAAGCUGAUUAGAUUAUUCA